CAUGAGGGUGAGUAAUUAAUGACUGAAUUUUUUAUUUUUGGGUGAACUAACUUUAUUAAGUGACGCAUUAAGACUUUAGGAUAAUUAUGAAGUCAAAUAUUCCAAAUGUGAAUGUCAAAGAUUCAAACAUGAUGACAAAUGAAUGACACAGCAAAGUGUCUCACUGCAUGGGGUUCUGUGUUAUUCAUCAGCAGAAGAACCACAUUUGGUCAAAAUCGAAUUGAAUUAAUUAAUUAAAAUAAUAAUAGCUUAAUUUUACAAACUGAAAUGAGCAUUUUAUAUAAUAGAGCAGUAUAAAAAUAAUGAUAAUACACAAUGAUCAAUAUUUUUUAAAUAAAUUGUACUGUUAUUCAAUACAUUUCUGUUAUUAUCAGUAUUAUCAAUAUUAUUAAUAAUAAUACUUUAUUAUGACCUAUCAUUUAUAUACAGAACACGAAAAAAGGCCAAGGUCAAGCAUGAUAAUCAAAAUAGGAAAACAGGAUGAAGAGUAUUUAAAUAUCUAAGGAACUGUCACUUUUAAGUAAUAGCAUAAUACAUGUUUUCUCUCUCUCUCUCUCUCUCUCUCUCUCUCUCUCUCUCUCUCUCUCUUUAUGGCUCGGUAAUUUAUGACGUGUCAGACACGCCACUUUUAUUAUUAACAGAGACUGGUGAGCAAGAAAAAUACAAACAGUCGCGUCACGUGUCCACCACACUGGAACCGCAGCUAGUUUUCAAACUGGGACUUUCCGUGUUGCGAAUAUGACGGCCAAAUUCUGAGAAAGAGAGAGAGAGAGAGAGAGAGAGAGAGAGAGAGAGAGAGAGAGAGAGAGAGAGAGAGAGAGACUGUGGCUCAACACCUAGUGUGCUUCCUACCUAUAGACAACACUUUUGGGCAUCGUUGGCGCGCUCCUAAAUGGCACUGUUGAAGUUACGGGAAAUCAGGUUCAUUGAUUGGUUCUCGGCUCAUUACGAAUCCGACAGAUUUUACACAUUUAGUGAAACUGAUUAAUUGCAAAUAUCUGUUAACAUAUAUAUUUUAUCUUGUCAAGUCAGCCUUUGGCUGCAGCGUCGAAUAUGGUUGUUUUAGAUUCUCGACGCCAUAACGGUGAUUUAAACAGCUGAAAAACAGUUCAGUCUAAUAAAAACCUUAAGGUCACUUCUUUUGAACAUAUACGUGGACGCUAUGUAGGCAGGGUCAAACCAGUCAACCGCUUUCCUAGACAGCACUUCUGCUUUUUCUUUUAGUACACUUACUAGGUCUGAAGACACAGCCGCAACGCGUUUCUGUCAUGUUCACUUAUCAUUUAACAAUGACUUAACCACUUUUUUCUGUCUCUUAUUAUUUUGUAAACUUUUUCCAAUUAUAAUUAUCAAAAUCCGUGAUAAGUGGGCGUAAAAACAGCGCAAAAUAUUUCCGGGGAACCCCGUGGUGUUUUUAUACCGUGGGUAUAUCACGCAAAAAGUAAUAAGGAUAUCAAUAUGUCAUCAUAACGUACUGUUUGGUCAGACAGUUCAACUAAAACCUCAAUGGCUUCGGGAUCAGCUGUUUCAGACCCGUCGUUAAACGGGGCUUCGUCCACACCGGGUGAGAACGAGUACCCGUCGGGUUUCCCUCAGAGCAUCUGCGAUGAGGUCCCGAAGGAGAAGUACUUGUGCAGCAACUGUAAUAAUGUCUUGAAUAAAGCGCGUCAAACGGUGUGCGGUCACCGCUACUGCCUCGCGUGCGUUAACUGCCUGGUCAGAAACAACAAGGACCUUGUGUGCACAAAAUGUAAAGAAAAGGACCCCAGUGUUGAGAAUGACACUAGUGUACUGACUUUUGACCAAUUCUUCAAAGAUGCGGCUAUUAAUAAGGAAAUUUUGGAUCUGAAAGUUCACUGUGCCAACCAAGGCUGCCCCUGGAGAAGCACCCUGAAGAACUUUGAGGACCACCAGAGUCAGUGUGAAUAUGCCCUGAUCCCUUGCAACAUUGGCUGUGGCAUCAUGGUGCAGAGGAAGUCACUAGCUACACAUCUGGACAGUGGUUGUCCCAACAACAAGACCUCAUGCCCCUCUUGUGCAGGUGUCCUGACACCAAGAGAACUCCAGAAGCAUGUAUGA